AUGCAACGGAAUUCCGUUGCAUACAUACAUAACAUAAUGAAUGCAAACGUAUGGCUUCAACAACAUACAACAAUGUCAUGGCAAACAUUUGAUGAAUUUUCAUCAUGGUUAUAUUCUGGACGAUUAAUUACAAUACCAAUGAUGUGUUCAUGUAAAACAAAUUUAAAAUCAUAUGUUUGUAAAUAUGCUCUUGGCAUGAUGAUUCAUUUAGGCUAUUAUUUUGUUCAAUACCCAUCAAAAUUAGAAAAUUUCGGCAAAAAACGUGGUAAACCUAAAAAAGCACGUUUAGCAUUAAUGAAAUAA